AUGGGGCCAGGAGCAGCGGGGGCGGUGGGGGAGACGGGGACGUGGACGUCGGGCACGGGGGCGGCGGGACUAGCAGACGGCAAAGACAUGGCUGACGACACAGAUCCUGAUUCCAGUGAGUGUUUGGUUUAUCUUUAUGGAUCACCAAUUUCUCUUGCUCUCUUUGUAGUUUAUGAGCAACAUGUCAAUAUUGUUGGUGACGAUCAAGACGUUGCUGUUGGUGGUGGUCAAGAUGUUGCUGUUGUUGAUGAUCAUCAUGGUACUGCCGAUGAGGAUCAUGAUGUUGCUGGUGCUGAUCUUGUUUACGCGCCGAUCAACUAUAUUAUUGGGUUUCUUGAUGUUGAUGUCCUCAUUUUAAAACGGCGGGGUUACUCCACGCUUGUGAACCCUUCAUUGGAUCUCGACGAUGUCAACCAGUGGUGCAAAAGGUUUAAACCCCCAAACCCUAUCCCCCACCACCAGCCCCACCCGUCUCCCUUCUUCCCCUUCUCCAGCUUCCUGGACCUCCGCAACCCAGCGACCUCGCGGUGGUUCCUCGGCCCGCCCUCACCCUCCGCGACUCCCCCACCCGCCGCCUCCUCGAACUCCAGCAACCAGUUUGACGUCCACCUCGGCGGCCUCCUCUCCGGCGGCGCCACCAUCCAGAUCUUCCUCGAGGGCUCCUCCUUCCCCGGCGGAUUCAUCUCCUCGCCCGCCCCCGGCGCCGGCGGGGUCAGCCUCGUCGACUACUUCAUGGGAUCCGGCCUCAAGCAGCUCAUCCAGCAGCUCGCGGAGAACGACCGCAGCCGCUACGACACCAUGCCCACCGCCAAGGCUGCGGUUGCCGCCCUCCCUGAUGUCGCCGUCGAUGGGGGCGCCCAGCAUGUCCUCCAAAAGGACUGCAUCCUGCCAUGGCUUGACCUUCACAGCUCCUCCCCGUCUGCCGCCAUCUAUGUCCACCAGUGCCAGGCAGCUGCCACUGCGGCGGCGGCACCUGCGGCCCCAGGUGGCUGCCCUUCGCCUAGGGUCAUGGUGAGGAGGUUCAGGAUCUCGCUGCCGUGGCCUCUCAGGGCCGCUUUUGGAGCUCAGCAGGCGGAGAGCAGCGACCAGGACGCUGCUGGCUAUGGCGACUACCAAAACGAUGGGAAUGCGAGCGGUCGCUCGUAUGAUGAUCUCGACUAA